AUGGAGGUCUCCACGGACCAGCCGCGGUGGGUGAGCCACCACCACCCGGCCGUGCUCAAUGGGCAGCACCCGGACUCGCAUCACCCCUCGCUUGGCCAUACCUACAUGGACCCCACGCAGUAUCCUCUCGCCGAGGAGGUGGAUGUACUUUUUAAUAUCGACGGACAAGGCAACCCCGUCCCGCCGUACUACGGCAACUCCGUGAGAGCCACGGUGCAGCGGUACCCCACGGCCCACCACGGUGAGUCAGGGAGCCAGGUGUGCCGCCCCCCGCUGCUGCACGGCUCGCUGCCCUGGCUGGACGGCAGCAAGGCGCUGAGCAGCCACCACAGCGCGUCCCCCUGGAACCUCAGCCCCUUCUCCAAGACCUCCAUCCACCACAGCUCACCGGGACCCCUUUCCGUCUACCCGCCCGCCUCCUCUUCCACUUUGUCCGCCGGCCACUCCAGCCCGCACCUUUUCACCUUCCCGCCGACCCCUCCUAAAGAUGUGUCCCCGGAUCCGUCCAUCUCCACGCCCGGCUCCACCGGCUCCACCCGGCAGGACGAGAAGGAAUGCAUCAAAUACCAGGUGUCCCUGGCCGAUACCAUGAAGCUGGAGUCCUCUCACUCUCGGAGCAGCAUGGCCUCUUUAGGAGGAGCCACCUCCUCCGCUCACCACCCCAUCACUACCUACCCACCGUAUGUCCCAGAAUACGGCUCUGGACUUUUCCCCCCCAGCAGCCUCUUAGGAGGAUCGCCAACCGGCUUUGGGUGUAAAUCGCGACCAAAAGCACGGUCAAGCACAGAAGGCAGGGAGUGUGUAAAUUGUGGGGCUACCUCAACCCCUCUGUGGAGAAGGGACGGCACUGGGCACUAUUUGUGUAACGCCUGUGGACUCUACCACAAAAUGAACGGGCAGAACCGGCCCCUGAUCAAACCCAAGAGAAGACUGUCUGCAGCCAGGAGGGCGGGCACGUCCUGUGCAAACUGUCAGACCACCACUACCACCCUGUGGAGGAGAAAUGCCAACGGCGAUCCCGUCUGUAAUGCCUGUGGGCUCUACUACAAGCUGCACAAUAUUAACAGACCCCUGACUAUGAAGAAGGAAGGAAUUCAGACCAGAAACCGAAAGAUGUCUAGCAAAUCCAAAAAGUGCAAAAAGGUCCAUGACAACCUCGAAGACUUUCCCAAGAGCAGCUCCUUUAACCCUGCAGCCCUCUCCAGACACAUGUCCUCCAUCAGCCACAUUUCACCCUUCAGCCACUCCAGCCACAUGCUGACCACACCGACACCGAUGCAUCCUCCAUCCAGCCUCUCCUUCGGACCUCACCACCCCUCCAGCAUGGUCACUGCCAUGGGUUAGCAAGAGAGCUCCCCUGCUGA